AUGGCUGGCGGAGUGCCUCGGGCCAAGGGUGCUGUGCGGCAGGACUGGACGUGCAAGUCCUGCGUCAGCAAGAGAGGGCGAGCGGUCGUCAACUGGGGGACGGCGCUCAAGUGUCAGGGCUGCAGGCUGUCCAAGGCCACGUGCUUCGGGGCGAACGUCCCGCUCCCUGCGGCGGCCAAGUCGAAGUCGAAGUCGGGUGCGGCGCCUGGCGGCGGCAGCGGCAAGGCCCCUCCCUGGGCUGGGCCGCCGCUUUCGGUGCAGCUGGCCCAGGCGCAGCGCGAGCUUGCGGACCUCAAGAAGCAGCUCAGGGCCAGUGGGCCUGCCAGCGCCGGCGGGCCGCUCGGUGGGGCGCAGGCCAUGGAGGUCGACGUCGGCGAGGGCGCAGGUGCUGGCGACGCGGCGGUGCUUGCCGAGAUCCACAUGUACGAGUCGGGCCUGCACGCCAUCAAGGAUCAGACGGCGGACUGGGCCACGGCGCCGCGGGAGGAGCUGCGCGCCAGGCUGGAGAACAAAGCGCGGCUCUUCGCCAGGAAGCCACUCCACGCACGGACGCACGCCAUCGCCAACAAUGCCAAGCAGUGCGCCAAGCGCUUGGAGAAGGCGGAGGGCAGCAAGCGGAAGGCGCAGGAGGCCUUGCGGCGGGCCGUGGAGGAGGUUGAGCGCGCGGAGAAGGUGCAUGCGGACCUUGCCAGCACCGCAGGAGAGGUGCGUGAUGGCGCAGAGCGGGACGGGCAGUCCCAGCCAGCGCCCGAGGCAGCAGCGCCUGGAAGCGGCAGCGGUUCAGCCGUCGUGCCGCGCUGGCAGCCUGAGGAGGAGUCGGUGGAGCAGCUCCAGCAGCGGCUGCGGAAGCAUGGCCUGGAGCUCGAAGGCGGCGAGGAGUCAGCCGUGCGCGCCCGCUGCGCUGCGCUGGCCAGCGGGGGAUUUCAGCCUUACUAG